AUUCGUCGUGCUGGUCACCUUUCAAUUUCGUCUCUGUCCAGAGCUCUGCAAGUUCAAAGCUUGCAGGAAUUUUUCCUUGGGUCCUUGACCCUGUCACGGGGCUGGGUAGUCUACAGGCGAAUCAGGAGGAUUCAGGACUACGUCCAAGAUUCUUGACAAACUCUGCCUCAAUGGCUCAUGGAAGGCCUCUCCUGCUGCUGCUAUUGGCACUGCUGAUGCUGAGCUGUUUCUCGCUGGCUCAUGCUGAUGUGCUUUCGACUUUUGAGAAGCUGCUUGGACGUAAGGAUAAAGGGUUUGGCAGUACGAGGCUGUUCAAGACGUGCCGUGUGCCGGAUGCGAAGUUCACUAAGUCUGGGGCACUCCAGGGGGUCCAGAAGAGCCCUGCACCUCAUGAGCUCAUGCUUGUGAAGGACCUGCCAAGUGAUUUCUUCUGGGGGAACGUCAAUGGAACGAACUAUCUCACUGCUACCAAGAAUCAGCACAUUCCCCAAUACUGUGGCUCUUGCUGGGCCUUUGGCACAACAUCAGCGAUGAGCGAUCGGAUCCGCAUUGCAAACAACGCGGCCUUCCCGGAGGUGAUGCUGUCCGCCCAGGUUCUGAUCAACUGCCGGGGGGGUGGUUCAUGCCAUGGUGGUAACCCCCUGGCCGUUUACGAGUACAUGCACGAGCACGGCCUUCCUGACGAGACCUGCCAGAACUACGAGGCGAUUGACGGGGUUUGCAGGCCGUAUGGCGUCUGCGAGACGUGCGACCCAGGCAACCCGCCCGCGAGCUUCCUCCCCGGAACGUGCGCACCGGUGGUUAAUUACACCAAGUACACCCUGCAGGAGUAUGGGCUGGUCGGCACAGGGCCCAGCCGCGACCUGAGCGGCGCAUGGGUGUCGCUGGUCGACAAGAUCAAGGCCGAGAUGUUCCAGCGCGGACCGAUCGCGUGCGGGAUUCACGUGACCGACAAGUUCGAGCAGUUCUUCUUCGACAAUCCCAAGGGGAUCUUCUCCCAAUUCAGCCUCUUUACGGUGCCCAAUCACGAGCUGUCUCUCGUGGGCUGGGGCGUGGAUGAGGAAUCGGGCGUGCCUUACUGGAUUGGCAGGAACUCCUGGGGAACGUACUGGGGCGACCAAGGUUUCUUCAGAAUCCGUCAGGGCCACAGCAACCUGGGCAUCGAAAAGUCGUGCAACUGGGGCGUGCCUGCCGCCAACGGCAUCCCCGCAAUCCGCGAACCGACUGAGCUCAGUCCGAGCUCUCACAAGACGGAAGGACAAGCUGCUUCUUUCGAACCGAUCCAGGCUGGGGGCCUGGGCCUAGGAAAAGCGGAAGCGACGGAGCCCAAGGUUAUCGCAAGCGUUUUUGAAAAGGAGCCGGCUGUGGAAGUUGCUGAGAAGAAGAUGGUGUAUCAUGACAAGAGGCGGCCCGGGAUUCGGCGAGGGAACGGGCCGGUGGUUUCGCUGGUGACGUCCCCCCUCCCUCAGACCUACCUCAAGCCGGAGGACAUCCCCACGUCAUACGACAUCCGCAACCUGAGCGGCGUCAACUACGCAACCGCCAACCGCAACCAGCACAUCCCCUCGUACUGCGGCUCCUGCUGGGCGCACGGCACGUCAAGCGCGCUCAGCGACCGCAUCGCGCUGCACCGCAAGGGGGCCUGGCCUGAGGUCCAGCUGUCGCCCCAGGUGCUGGUCAACUGCGUGACCGACGAUGACACCAAAGGGUGCAACGGCGGAAGCCCGACGGCUGCUUACGCGUGGAUUGCGAAGAACGGCCUCUCUGACGAGACCUGCCAGAAUUACCAGGCCAAGGAUCUGAGCUGCAGCGCCCUUCACCAGUGCGAGAACUGCAGCCCCGAGAAAGGAUGCUGGGCCGUCGAGAAGUACCAGAAAUGGACCGUUAGUGAGUUCGGCAUUGUUAGCGGAGAAGAGGCGAUGCUCGCUGAGAUUACUGCGCGCGGCCCGAUGGCCUGCGGCAUGUGCGUGACGCCCGAGUUCGAGGCGUACUCGGGCGGCAUCUUCAACGACACCACCGGCUGCACCGAGGAAGACCACGACAUUUCUAUUGCUGGCUUCGGGGAGGAGAACGGCGUCAAGUACUGGAUCGGGCGCAACUCGUGGGGCACCUACUGGGGUGAGGGCGGAUGGUUCCGUAUUGUGCGCGGCACGAACAACCUGGGCAUUGAGAACAGAUGCGACUGGGCAGUACCAAAGCUCGCUUAAUCUGACCUUCACUGACCAUACGCCAGGGGGCUAUCACAAACGCGGACCGACGAAAACACAGCACUUAGUGCUGCCUCAGAAUAUUGAACAAGAAGGUGCAGGGGUAUUGUGCACAUUCGCUAGCUGCUUACGCAACCUUAGCCGCAUUCCAAUUGUAUGUACAUUUCUUUAGGUCCAUUGGCUCCUCAAGCAAGUCGCUGUAAGUAUUCUGUGGCUGACGGGAAUGGGCAGGGACGGGUCAUCAGUGCACUUCAUAAGGGUCCCUUGCCGUCUUUGUAUAGGUCUAGCUGACGUAGUCGACAUUCCUGGUGUCUGGUUGGCAACCUUAAAUAGCUAGGCUCUCGGCAGACCUGACUUGGGAUAUACAAAAGGUAUGUACAGGUUCCACCGAAGAUGUAAAGAUUCUUAUGCAUGACGUUAGGGUGAUUGACUGCCUAUAGGCAGGUACGUGCAGGUGGCGACAGCCAGCCACUGUUGGACCUUUCUUAUGCUUCAGGUAUUGUGAAAGUGUCUUGUAUAUAAUACGUGUGCCAGAA